AUGAUGCUGCCUUAUUCGAUCUCAAAAGGGGUUAGAUAUGUUCGUCCUUAUUUUCAUGCUUUCAAAACCAAUACGAAAGGACGUUGGGUGGGUAAAUCGUUAUUUGAAGUCAUGACCAAAGAGUUGAGGUAUUCCGAACCUUACUAUAAGAAAUUGGUGGAUUCUGGGAAAUCCUUCGUUGUUAGACGGCAUGAGAAUUCAAAAACUUACAAAGGAGACGAUCUUGAAGAAUUGAAGCUACGUCAUGGUGAUGUAGUUCAUAAUGAGGUUCACAAGCACGAACCUCCGGUAUUAACUGGUGAUUAUUUGUACUCUAAUACCACCGAAAAAUUAUUCUACAGUGAGUUCAAUAAGGCAAAAUGUUCGGUGCAAAUAGUGUAUGAGAAUAAGGAUUUAUUGGUGGUGAACAAGCCUUCAGGGAUUCCUGUCCAUCCAACAGGGAACUUCUUUCACAAUACUCUUUCUGAGCUCUUGAAAUUCGAAUUGGGAAUCGACAAUCUUUAUCCGUGCCAUCGAUUGGAUAAACUAACCUCAGGGAUUCUAAUUUUUGCGAAAAACCAUAGGGCGGCUAAAAUCCUUGAAGAUCAUUUCCGUUUCAAGCGCAUCAGCAAGCAUUAUUUAGCAAGAGUGACAGGAGACUUUCCUGAUGAAACCACCUGCCAUGAUCCAGUGUUCCGGGUGAACCCAUCACACAAGUAUAUAUCAACUUCACAGUCUAUUGUUAUUUCAAUCAAGACUGGGAUCACCCAUUUUAAGAAGAUAUCUUAUGAUCGGGUGCUCAAUCAAAGUAUUGUGAAAUGUAUCCCAGAAACUGGCAGAACCCACCAGAUCAGAAUCCAUUUGAGAAACUUGGGAUACCCUAUUUCUAACGAUCCCACUUACGGGCAUGAAACCGUUGGACCAUUGAGAAACUCGAUCGAAAUGGGGAUCUUGGAAUCAUUAAAGUAUGGAAAAUCAAUUGAGGAGUUGAUUAAUAAGGAAAUGAAUUCUUUAGAAUACAAUUUGAGUAAUGAACUUUUCCAAUCAGUAAGUAAAGAGUUCUUAGACAGACUCAAACAAUAUCAGUCUGAAAAUCUCGUUUGUGAUGUUUGUGGAGAAAAAAUGAUGAACUCUUUUGAUGAACCGGAGAAAAUGAUGAUUUACUUACAUGCUCUGGAGUAUCGACUAAUUGAUCCUCAAUCAAAAGCUCUAGAAUGUGAAUUCAAAUCAGAUCCCCCAAAAUGGCUAUUUUGA